GCAGGUUAGGAGGUGUGGGAGCAAAAGUCCACGAUCUGAGAAGAGAUCAAUGGCAAACAGUACUGUUUACCACCUGGCGUCCUUCCUCCUCGGCGCGGCUCUGCCCACAGCGUUCCUCUUCUUCCUGGCGUCCGACCGCCUCGGCCAGGGCUUGUCCAGCAUCUCCCUGAGCUGGAGGACGAGCAGUGGAACCCGGCAGCCAGCUGAUGGCCCACUGGCUCAGGAGGCUCGUGAUCAAGAGGUCGUCGGGUUCGCGGGCCUAGCUGAGUUGCUCCCGAGAGUGGCCAUGGAGGACAGGACGGUGAUCCUCACGCUGGCGAACGAGGCAUGGACGCAGCCCGGUUCAUUGCUCGACAUCUACCGCGAGAGCUUCAGGAACGGCGAGGACACGGAGCGCUUCCUCAACCACGUCCUCGUCAUCGCCGUCGAUGCCGGCGGGUUCGACCGGUGCAAGGCCGUGCACCCUCACUGCUACCACCUGGAGGUGGUGAGGUCGACCAACCUGAGCUCGGCCAGCAAGUUUAUGACCAAGGAGUUCGUGGAUCUGGUGUGGCUCAAGCUCUCUUUCCAGCAGCGCAUCCUGGAGCUCGGCUACAACUUCCUCUUCACGGACGCCGAUAUCAUAUGGUUUCGCAAUCCGUUCCGGCACUUCUCCGUGUACGCCGACAUGAGCUUGUCCACCGACUACUUCAGGGAUACAUUUGAUCCCCUGAACAACGAGCUCAACACCGGGCUCUACUACAUGAAGUCGACGAACCGGAGCAUCGAGAUGAUCAGGUAUUGGCGGGCGGCGAGGGUGAGGUUUCCCGACGGCCACGAUCAGGAUGUGUUCAACAAGAUCAAGCACGAGCUCGUCAGCAAGCUCCAGGGCAGGAUCGAGGGGCUCGAGACGGCCUACUUCAGCGGGUUCUGCGAGUUACACGACGACCUGAACAGGGUCUGCACCAUGCACGCCAACUGUUGCAUCGGGCUGGCAAACAAGGUGCUCGACCUCAAGGAUAAAGCCGCGGAUUGGAGGAAUUACACGGCCCUGGCGCCGGAGGAGAGGAAGAAAGCAGGGGGUUUCAACAAGUGGACGCCCCCGGCUAGGUGCUGGAAGACAAUCGGUUGGAGAGUGUAAAUUGUCGUCGACGAGUCUCAUUAGAUUAGCACAACUAGCUGUGCUGUUCUGUGAAUACACAUGUUCCAAAUGUUGAUGUCUGAACACUGCGAACAAAUCAAUGUAGUUUUUUCAAAAU